AUGCAUCCAGAGCCGGGCCCGCCCCCGAGCAGCAGCAGCAGCAGCCACCCGGAGCUUCCCGUGAGCGGCGGCAGCACCACCAGCGGCAGCCGCCGGAGCCGCCGCCACAGCGGGGACGGGGAGCCUUCGGGGGCCCCGCCGCCGCCGCCGCCGCCGCCGCCGCCCGCCGUCAGCUACCCGGACUGGAUCGGCCCGAGUUACUCCGAGGUGAUGAGCCUCAACGAACACUCCAUGCAGGCGCUGUCCUGGCGCAAGCUCUACUUGAGCCGUGCCAAGCUCAAAGCCUCCAGCCGGACCUCGGCUCUGCUCUCCGGUUUCGCUAUGGUGGCCAUGGUGGAGGUGCAGCUGGAUGCUGACCACGACUACCCGCCCGGGCUGCUCAUCGUCUUCAGCGCCUGUACCACCGUGCUGGUGGCCGUCCACCUGUUCGCACUCAUGAUCAGCACCUGCAUCCUGCCCAACAUCGAGGCCGUGAGCAACGUGCACAACCUCAACUCAGUCAAGGAGUCGCCUCAUGAGCGCAUGCACCGCCACAUCGAGCUGGCCUGGGCCUUCUCCACUGUCAUCGGGACGCUGCUGUUCUUGGCCGAGGUUGUGCUGCUCUGCUGGGUCAAGUUCCUGCCCCUCAAGAAACAGCCAGGCCAGCCAAGCCCCACCAAGCCCCCUGCGGCCAGUGCUGCCAGUGUCAACGGAAGCAGUAGUGGUGGCAUCACCCCAGGCCAGGCAGCAGCCAUUGCUUCCACGGCCAUCAUGGUCCCAUGCGGCCUGGUCUUUAUCGUCUUUGCUGUCCACUUCUACCGUUCACUGGUCAGCCAUAAGACAGACCGACAGUUCCAGGAGCUCAACGAACUGGCUGAGUUUGCUCGCUUACAGGACCAGCUGGACCACAGAGGGGACCACCCCCUAACGCCCGGCAGCCACUAUGCCUAAGUCCCCACACGGACUUUGGAGCUUUUUCCGUGACUUUGUCCUGCCCCAGUCCCCAGGACAGCCUGUGUGUGGGGCUGGACUUCACAAGAGCAGAGAAUGGAGGGAAGAGGCUUUAAAAAAAAAUUAUUGCACUUUGAGACUUUCCUCUAAGAGAAUAAGCACUCCCUGUUCUUCCAGCUCUGGGAGGUUGGGGGGGCAGCGUGGGUACAGAUGCUGUCUUUGUCCCCACUCCACCCCUGUGCCAGUGCCACCCGGAUGCUUCCUGUCCUUUCCAUCUCAGCCUCCCUGUCCCCCAUUCAACGCCAAGUGUGCGUGAGUGUGAACACAUAAAUGUACUCACAAGGGA